ACUUACUUUUUGCUUUUUUUUUAGUCAUCAAAUAAAAUGGAUUUCAUAACUUCACACUUAAUUUUUUUCACCUUGUUUAUCACUUUCAAUAUGGUAUCAAUGAAGAUAAUAAAGGUGGACAGUGUUAAAGGAAACGACACACCGUCAUGUUUAAUGGGAACGAUAUCAUGUAGAACUCUGGAUUAUGUGUUAAAUAAUGGAAACAGAAAUCUGAAUAACACAGUUUUGCAGUUAAACACAGAUUCCUCAUUGUCAACAAAGAAUGAAUUCCAGUUUGCUGUAAACUUUACUUUAACUUCAAUAGAUGGUGCUAUUAUAAACUGUACAUCAAACCAGAGUGGACUGAAAUUCACAUUUUCUUCAUAUAUUUCUUUGGUUAACAUUGGAAUGCAACAUUGUGGAGUAUUAUAUCCUCUGCCGAAAAGUGAAGAAAAUGCAACUGAAAAUAGAAAUGCCUAUUUCGCUGUAUUUUUCUCUUUUUGUAGAAGUAUUCGCAUUCAAGAUUCCAUUUUUCGUACAAGUCCUGGAAUUGCCAUUGCAUUGUAUGAUGUUGCGAAGGAUAUAGAGCUAGUAAAUACAACGUUUAAGGAAAAUUCUGGCAAAGAUGCGGUAGAUGUGGAGGUGUUCUCAGGUGGAGGUGUCGUUAUUGAAUUCACAUUUUGUGGUGCUUUUCUUAACUGUUCUGGAAGGAGUUAUUUACCUGCAUAUAAUCAUGAUACAACUGUUUAUAUUAAAAACUGUUUGUUUAAAGCCAACAACAAAAGUUCCACACCUGUCAACAGAUUAUUUGAAACAAAAGGUGCUGGAAUGUUGGUUCAUUUACGUGGAACUAGCAAAAAUAAUGUCAUAAAUAUUGAGAAGACUUGCUUUGAUGGUAAUGAGGCAUUGUGGGGUGGUGGACUAUUUAUUUUGUUUGAGACUGAAAGUCAGAAUAAUACAUUAUUUGUUAACAAUAGCAAGUUUAAAAACAAUAUUGCGAAGUUUGGUGGUGGAGGUGCUCGAGUGCACAGUGUUUACCAUCUUCAGGAUGAUGGUGUCAAUCUUCCCAAUAAGGUGACAUUUUUCAAUACUACUUUCAAGAAUAAUUCUGCUAUCUUUGGUGGAGGGAUUUCUGUGUCUAAACCAACUAGACUCAUCUAUUCUAAGAAUGUAACCUAUCGGGAUAUAUACAUCACAAAAUGUACUUUCGUGCAAAACAAAGCAACAGUUGGUUUUGCAUUAGGACUUGCUACACAUAACUUAAACCAAGAUGUCCUUGGACCAGGAAUAUCUUACCAGGUAAAGAUUGAAGAUUCAAAAUUUAUCAAAAAUUGUAUGAAGCUGACAGAAGAUGGGAAAGUAAUUGGGCAAGGUGCAGUUUAUUCUGAAGAAAUAACACUUCGUUUGAUUGGCAACAAUAUGUUUUUUCAAAAUGAUUAUACUGCUAUUGUUUUGGACUCCUCAUCACUAAGCUUAAGUAAAAAAAGUGUCUCCAAAUUUCAUAGUAACACAGGUCUGGAAGGAGGCUCACUGGCUUUAUACGGUUCCUCUUUUAUCCUUCUGGAAAAAGACAGUUUUUUGCGAUUCGAAAAUAAUUCUGCUAGACGAAAGGGUGGUGCAAUUUAUGUAAAAAAUAGAGGACCGCCACGUGUUGGUUUUAGCACGACCAAAUUGCAGACAUCACGAUGCUUUCUUCGGUAUGAGAAUGCUGAACUUGAGCGAAAAGAUUGGAAUGUUACAAUUGAAUUUGUAAAUAAUUCAGCACCAAUUGCUGCCGGUAAUUCAAUAUAUGCUUCCACUUUGCAGUUUUGCCGCAAGUCGGGCGGGAAAAGAAUAGAUCCUUCUGCACUAGACUGGAAAGUUAUAACUUACAGUAGUUGUAACAAUGAACCAGAAGUUGUCACAAAUGCUAUUGAUAUCAGCAUUAUUUCCAGUCAGUGGAAUAAUGUGAAGCCGAAUGUUCCCUUUACACCGGAUGUAGUGAUGCGAGAUGAAAAAAAUCAAAGAGUUUAUGCUGCAUUAAAAAUUGAAAUCCUAAAUAAACAUGUAGCGCUAGAUCCCCCUAACAAUUUAUUUUUUAUACGAGACAACAUAUCUCGCUUACGAUUGAAUGGUGAAACUAAUCAACCUUUUCCGUUUCGUCUUGUAACAACUAGUGGGCUAAUGGUUGACACAGAAGUAGCCAAUGGUAAUUUAACAGACUGUCCACUUGGUUUCGAACUAAAUAAGGAGAAGACAAAAUGCGUUUGUAUGGAUAACGAUGAUGAGGUCACUGGAGUUAUACGUUGCCUUGAAAAUGGUACAGUUUAUGUUUUGAAAGGGAAAUGGGGAUUUCGCAGCAACUCUGGUAAGUUAAACACGGUGAUUUGUCCUAUACAUUACUGCCGUUGCAACAAAGAGCAGGAAGGCUACCUUUGUGAGUUAGAUAUAAAAAACCAGUGUGCAGAGAGAAGAACCGGUGAUUUGUGUAGCCAAUGUAAACCGGGAUUUAGUGUUCAAUUGGGGAAUGAAAAGUGUAAAAAAUGCAAGAAUACAUGGCUACUGUUACUCAUUCCAAUGUUUAUCGUCCUUUGUUUGUUAGUCAUGGUAAUAUUGUAUUUUAAUAUUGAUGCUUUUUCCGGAUAUUUAAAUGCGUACUUGUAUUCAUACCAGAUGGUCAUGCUGCUAAUACCAGAAAACGUGCAAUUGGAUAAGUUCAUUUCCUUCGUAAUUGGCAUCACAAGUGUGCAAGGAACAGGUGAUAGUUUCGGCAUUUGUUUAUUUAAUGGCAUGGAUAACCUUCAGAAAUUGGCAAUAAACUAUGUAGCACCCUCUUCAAUGAUAUUUUUUACAUUUAUUAUGGGUUUGGUCAUUCCAGAGAAGCUGUGGCAGAAGAUUUUUUAUCGCCGGUCCUUAGAAGCGGAGAGAGAUUACCGUCGGAAUUCGUUUGGCAGAGCUUUAAGUUUUGUGUUGGUCGUUUGUUAUUCAACUUUUACUGGUGUAACUCUUAAGUUACUGCAUUGGGUGAAUAUCAAUGACAAGCUGGUUUUAUACGAAGCAGCUUUUGUUGGUUAUUUUGAAGACGAACAUAUUUACUAUGGCAUCCUGGCUCUAAUUUUUCUCGUGUUUAUUGUUUUGGGGUUCCCUAUUGUUUUACUGUUUACACCGUUUUUUACGUCUCGCUUUGCCAUCAUUCAACGCGUCGAGCCCAUUCUAAACGCACUCAAGAACUGUUUUAAGGAGAAAAUUUUAUAUCGGGUGUUCGCGGCGUUCUAUUUUGUAUGCAGAUUUAUUUUGCUGCUAAUCGCUGUCUUCAUUCAAGAAGAAGUCACUCGAUUGAUUGUUCUCUCCAUCGCAUGUGUGGUUUUUCAAGCAGUGUUCUCAUCCGUACAACCCUAUCGGGUUUGGACCAACAAUUUUUGGGACAUUGUACUGCUGACGAAUAUGUGUUUCAUAAGUUUACUGUCGUUGAUUUUAAGUGUACCGUUCACAACAUCAAAAACCGUACGAAACACGAACAUAGUUUUUCUAAAAACUCUGGUUUAUAUACCGUUAAUUACCAUCGUUAUUCGUCUGGUGUUCUAUGCCCACAAAAGGUUUCAGCAAGUCGAACUUGAUUCAGCAGACGGAAACGUGAAACAAAACUGGUGGUCCAGAUUUCUAGCGAGAAAUAGCUUCAGAGGGAGAGGCACAUACGUGAGAUUUCCUGCACGUGUAAGCACAGAAUUCGAAUGUGAUUAUGCCGAAUACCAAUAAGAGGAAAGAAGGCCAUACCUUAUCCCCAACGUGCAAUGGAGCAGACAAACGAAGUUAUUUAAUGAGAUAAACGAUGCUUGAAUUUGAAAAGUUUCACAUUUAAGUAUGUGGUGUAGUCAGUAGGAGAAAAUCUUGAUGAAACUUGUGCAGACGCAGACAAAUACAUUUUAUGUCUGAAAGUACAAUUAUUUUUUACAGUAUCCUUUUAUAUAAUAAAGUCAAUAUAAUUUCUAUUUUUCAACGUUCAUGAACCGUAACUUUGUUUUGUUCAACCACUAACGAUGACACUGAAUCUCGAGAAAGUGAGAUCAAAAUUUAUUUAUGGAUGGUUUAAACUAAACUCAUAGUUCGGUAAAUCUAUUUUAAACAUUAAAUUUUUUGUACUAAAAUCGUGCGCAUUAAUUUUCAUGCAAAAGCAAAAUGAACGUAUUUCGUAUGAACGUAUUUCAUACGAUCAAUAUAUCUUUAUUUAAACUGUGUAAUUAUUUUGUUUAUAAAUGUGCAGAACGUGAGAAAAAGCAUAAAAAAAGACAUUUAAAGCCUAAAACGCAUUCCGCAAUCACGUACUAAGCUUUUUGUGGAAACGCACAAAACAUUAGUACGCGCGAAAUUUUGUACCAAUGAUGUUUAAAGAUUGUAACGGUAUUGGUUUGUAUAGGUUAUAUGUGGUUAGACCGUUAAGGAAAAAAAUUGUAUAUUGCUUUUAUCCAGACAAAAAUCUUACGUAGUCGACUUGACAUUAGCCAGGUAAAUAUAAGUGCAGAACACGUUUCAAUCUUGCUGUAGCUUUUAUUUAGAAUAGGACAUAAAUAAUUUUAUGUAUAUUUUAACUCUUGGUUCUAUGUAGCUCAGUCGAUUAUUUUUUUAUCAACUUCAGUUCUUUUGUAUGUAGCAUCUAAUAUUCUUAGACUAGUAGAGUAGAUAUUUUUAUUUUAUAACAUUUGUAAAAAACGA